UUCUUCUUUAUCGAGCCAGUUAUUUAGGUUAUGUAACAAAAGAGGAAAGAGUACGAUAGAUAUACGCGAGAAACCUUUAUAAUUUUGAUUUGAACAAUUAGAAAAAAUAGUUAUAUUAUAUAGCAAAAGAAAGUGAUAUCCGUGUUGAAGACAAAAAUAAAAAAGUAGAAGAAAAAAAAUGAGUUAUUUGUUUUAGCAGAGACAAAACGAAGCAAGAGCUGCAAAAGUUGAGGUUAUGUAUAACUGAUAAAACGAAAGGACGAUAUAUUAUUUGGAAGAACAACGUUAUCUAUUUGGAAAAUAAUUUGUCUUAUUUACAAAAUAUAAAAGAUUGUUUAAAUAUUUUUAUAGUAAUAAAUAGGCAAAAAACAUGGACGCUGAUUUUGAGGAACUCUCGCACGACGUAAACAUAAUUGCUAAGCUAAAGCAAUUCAGCGAUGCAGUCUUCAAAAUCCAAGAUAUGAUAGAAAUGAUUAGCGAUUCUUCGCUAUAUAAUAAACUCUCCAAUGCAGACAAAAUUAAGUAUAACUUGCUGUUAUCCUACAGUUUCAAUAGUCUAUACUGGAUGUACUUAAGAGCUGAGGGAAUCGAUCCAUCAAAGCAUCGAAUCAGAAACGAAAACGAUAGAUUAAAAAAAGCAAUGGUUCGAGCCAAACAAAUCAAUGAUAGAAAUACAUUAAUGCCACAUCUUAACAAGGAUGCUGCUAAAAGAUUUGUGAGGAACAGUUUAUGGGAAUUAAAACACAAAAAACAGAAAGGCAUGGAGAAGGAAACUGAGAAGACCCAAGAAUCGUCAUCUGUAUAAAUUAUGUUACAUAUUUGUAACAUAAAAUUAUAUAUACAUUUUUUUAUAUAUAACUUGAGGUUUCAUUGCUAUUAUUAUUAUUGCUAUGUGUAUAUUUUUUAUUAAA